UAGGCGGAUGCUUUCUGAUGGAAGCUUGGAAUAGUCACCUCGUGGUGAUUGGACGAACGCGCCGUGCAUGCUUCACGUCUCUCACCUCGACAAUUCCCUCGCCAACGACGUGAAACCGCGGAACGUUAUGACUCGUCGUUGGUUCUUCUCGUGCAUACCCAUCAUACAGUUGCAAAAGCUGACACUGCCGUGAUGCGUUCCUGGAUAUGCGCCUGCACCCCAAGGGAAUUGGAGCUACUACCAGGAUUCAUCGGCAAGCCCGGGACUGUAUCAACCAAGCCUGACGCUCAUGACUAUUACGCUAAGUAUAAAGUUCACCGUGCCAUGCGCUGGUUCGCGUUUACCCCAAUCGACUUCCGCACAGACUGAGGCGAUGUUUGGAGCUCUGCGACGUCGCUCAGAGACGUCGACACAGUCACAAACCACGUCGCAGGCGAACUCUGCCACACAGCCUCAGAUUCGUCCCAUCAUGUUGCCGUCCUCAGACAGGACAACAACUACUACUACUACUAGUCUUGCUGAUAGCGACUAUGCACGCAAGCGCAGAGAGGUAUACAAGCUCCUGAAGGAGUUGAUGGAUGUUGGUGCAUCGUCGGAGAUCGCGAUACCCGAAAUUGCCGUAAUCGGUGGUCAGUCAGCUGGCAAGAGCUCACUCGUAGAAGCGAUCACCGGGAUAAGCGUUCCACGAGACUCUGGGACUUGUACAAGAUGCCCAAUGCGAUGCAGGGUCUUCUCUGAUACGAAAGCGUGGUCGUGCGACAUUUUUCUUCAGAUCAGCCCCGACGCCGGUUCUUCAAACACAAGAGAGCGAUUCAGUCCGCCAAUAACGUCGAAGGCGGAAGUCGAGUUAUGGAUCCGGCGAGCGCAGAUCGCCUUGCUAAAUCCUACUGCGCCCCGCAAUUCCUUCGUGACCAAGACAGAGCAAGAGCUGCGAGCCGUGACCACGUCCCUCGAGUUUUCGAAGAGCAUCGUUGAGAUCGACAUUUACGAUCCUCGUGGCAUCGAAUUGGCCUUCAUAGAUCUACCAGGUCUCAUUCAGAACGACAAAGAUGAGGUGAUCGAGCUUGUGGAAAGCCUUACGGAAAGUUACAUUGCGGAGAAGCAUACAAUCAUACUCGUCACCCUCCCGGCAAGCGGUAAGCCGGUCACACAUUGGAACUGUUGCGUCGUGACGAAACCGGAUCAAUUGCUCGAAGGGAAUAUUGGGGCCCACAAGGCAUGGCUGGAUAUAAUUCAAGGACGCAGCGAGCACGACAGGCUCAAGCAUGGCUACUACGUGACCCGCCUGCCCGACGACGAGCAGCGGGGGAAAGGGAUUACUCGCGCGGAACUGGAUGCAGAAGCACAGCGCUUCUUCGCAUCCAAGGCGCCGUGGAAGAAUUUGUCCCCUGGCCGUCUGGGCCUUCCCAACCUCAUCGCUUUUCUGAGUGAACUGCUGAUGAAGGUCAUCGAGGACUCUAUCCCACGACUCAAGGCAGAGGCGAACGCGCGCCUUGCGACAGUGAAGCUCGACAUCAGUCGUUUGCCAACAAUGCUCACGAUGGAUCCGAUGACCGAGGUCGUCGGUCGAAUAUCGGAUUUCUGCACCGCGCUGCGCAACGACGUCCACGGGCGCAACGAGGACAGGAGGGACUUCCCAAGCGAAAGCAUAAGCUAUCCGGUCGACCUUACCGACUUCCGGCCGUUCGAAACGGUCACCAAUCAUGUCAGACCUCCGAGUCCAGAUCACGCUGCUGGGAACAAUGUCGCCCCUGAGAGCGGCGACCCGGACGACAACGUUGGUAGCAAGCCAAUGGGUCUCAUUGAGGUACGGAAAGUAAUUGAAGACUUCAUUGGCUGGGAGAUGCCCCCUGCAAUCCCGCGCGAAGCGAAGGAAUACCUGAUCGGGUUGUCUGUCAAUCAGUGGCUUGGUCCAGCCCUGCUGUGCUUCAAGGAAUGCACUGCGAUUCUGCACCGGUACAUCGACAAGCAUAUCGUCAAGCACUUCGGCGACUUCAAGGCGCUCGAGAACUAUAUGCGACCAAUCAUCAUGGCCGCUGUAGAACAUGUCCACGACGACGUCGACGGUGCUCUUCGCGACGUCGUCUUACGGGAGGGCGUACCAUAUCGCACUGAGAACGUGCAUUACUAUGAGUCGAUUUAUCGGGGGUGGUUACACCACUACCGUGUUGUCGACCUCUACGCGGACUAUUAUGUUCUUGGCUUCUACAAUCCCAGCAUGACACGAGUGCACAGAACUCUACAGAUUCCGAGCAACUACGAGAACGAGAUGCAACUAAUGGCUCAUGUUCGGGCUUACGUCCAGGUCGCCUAUAAGCGUAUCAUCGACCACGUCCCGCGGACGAUUCAACGGGAUUUGAAUCAAGUAUUCGCCGACGGUCUCAAAAUGGAAAUGCUGAGCAAGUUGAAGCUGGACGACCCUGAUACGUCGGAACGACUCAAAGAGUUACUCAAGGAGGACCCGGAGCGCGCCGCGGAACGCAAGCGGCUGAUGGAGAUUAGGGGUCGCUUGGAGAUCAUCAUAUCCAAGCUGAACAAAUUUGUGGUCUGACAGUAACUUGCUCUGAUGUAGUAGAUGAUGUACGUUCCAGUAGUUGUCGCCGACUCCCGAGGCCCUGUGUCAUGUAGUGCAUUUUAUUCCGCCGUUCGUAGAAGCAAUUGAAUUCGUAGCAUGUACAUUGUAUAUUGAGUUGAUGGUUCACGCAUUGACCAGCCGAGCGACAUGAAUGCCCAUUGGCAAAGAUCUGACGUACGUCAUGUAAGUAACUCAUGUUCGCAGCCUUGCAUAGC